GUCGAGUAUUUGGGAAUUGAUUCAGAUAGUUAAAUUUUUGGAUCUCAAUUCCUAACUUGUUCCCAGUGAUUAUUUGAAUUCAUCGGCCAUCUGCAACUUAUUCGUGAAUUUGCAAGUUAAAAUGAAGAAAACAGUUGUCAACCUCGACAAACUAAUUCAAGAUUUCAGCCUACUGGAGCAAAAAAUAACAGAGCUAACGGGGAAGAACAACAUCCAUGAAAUAAAACUGGAUGAAGCCAAUAGACUUCUAAAAUUGUCAAAUAGCAAGGAAAAACGUUUAAUUGAAGAGAAAGCUGGAUUGUUGGGGAGCAUUAAAUGUCUUCAGCACAACUUAGAACAACAGUGUAACCUUCGAGGUGAAAAUGAGAAGCUGAAAAAUGUCACCUUUAAUUUGAAGAAGCAAAAUGAAGAACAAGUGGAGGAGAGCAGAGCUUGUGUACAGAGGCUACAGAGUGAGAUGAGAUCUUUGCAAGAGCAACACCAGAGGGAGUUGGAGGACUGUGCUGCAGAUACAAAGAGAAAAUUGGAGGCUAAAGAUGCUGAAAUGAAUGCAGUUCUGGACAAAAAGGAGGAGGCGAUAGAAGCCAUGAGACUGAAGAUGAAGGACCAGGAGAAAGAAAAGCAAAGUGAAAUUAUAAAGCUGCAAAUGGAGUUCAGCGCUAAGCUUGCAAGAACUCAGAGUUUGUCAAUGAAGAGCCAGCUGCAGCCACCAGCAUCUGGGCUUAUUCCUCAAAACAUCUUUAAAAGAAAGCUGCAGUUCCUGCAAGAAGAGAAAAAUAAAGAGGUUGAGGCUUUGCGUCAGAGAGUUAAAGAACUGGAGCAGCAGAGCCUGCGCACCUUCUCUGAGCCCCGUCUGAAGAGGAGGAAGAUCUGAAUGGUUGUUUCACCCAACGUAACGUAGCCAAUGUGGCAUGAAGUAUUUCACAUAAACAGCACAAUGUGAAGUAACAUAAUACUGAAUCAUAUGUUUUAUGACAUUGUGAAAUUGUUCCUGGAUUGGAAUUCAGAAUAUUAAUACUUCUAAUUUUUUUUUUGUUAUUCAUUUUACUAAAAAAUGGCAGUAUAUGAAAAGAGUAUUUGCAAAGGUUAGUAAACACUGAAGAACAUGUGAGUUGAAAUAAACACGCAAUCAGUGCAGGA